GAAUACCAAGAGUGUGCAAAGCUGUCAUCAAGGCAAAGGCAAAUGGUGAUGAGCCUUCGUGUUUCAGAGCUACAAGUGUUACUAGGCUACGCAGGACGCAACAAGCACGGCCGCAAACACCAGCUGCUGACCAAAGCCUUACACCUCCUCAAGGCCGGCUGCAGCCCCGCUAUCCAGAUGAAGGUGAAGGAGCUCUACAGACGCCGCUUCCCCACCAAGAUGGUGUCUCCGGUGGACCUGGCCCUGCCCAGUGUCCACUCCACCUCCAGCAGCCUGCCUGGAGGCCUCACCUCGCUGGGGUUUGACAACCACGGGUCCCCCUCGCCCCUCUCCCUGCCCGUCUCCCUGCUGGGCCUGCAUCCCUUGCACCCUGACGUAAAGCUCCAGAGGCUGCCCUUCUACGACAUGCUGGAUGAGCUCAUCAAACCCACUAGCCUGGCCUCGGACAACAGUCAGCGGUUUCAGGAGACGUGUUACGCCUUUGCGUUGACGCCCCAGCAGGUCCAGCAGAUCAGCAGCUCCAUGGACAUCUCUGGGACCAAGUGCGACUUUGCAGUCCAGGUUCAGUUAAGGUUUUGUCUAUCAGAGACAAGCUGUCCCCAGGAGGAUCAUUUCCCUUCUAACCUCUGUGUUAAAGUGAACAGCAAGCCCUGCAACCUCCCGGGCUACCUUCCUCCAACCAAAAACGGAGUGGAACCCAAACGGCCGAGUCGCCCCAUCAACAUCACGUCACUGGUCAGACUGUCCACCACAGUGCCCAACACUAUCGUGGUGUCAUGGACCUCGGAGAUAGGCAGGAGUUUCUCCAUGGCACUAUACCUGGUGAGACAGCAGACAUCCACCACCCUGCUACAGAGACUACGGGCCAAAGGCAUCCGGAACCCAGACCACUCCAGAGCUCUCAUCAAAGAGAAGCUGACAGCAGACCCUGACAGUGAGAUUGCAACCACCAGUCUACGAGUCUCUCUUCUCUGUCCGCUGGGGAAGAUGCGUCUGAUGAUCCCGUGCAGAGCGUUGACGUGUUCCCACCUCCAGUGUUUCGACGCUACGCUUUACAUCCAGAUGAAUGAGAAGAAACCCACAUGGGUGUGUCCUGUCUGUGAUCAGAAGGCCCCGUACCAACACCUCAUCAUCGACGGGUUGUUCAUGGAGAUCCUGAACAGCUGUGAGGACUGUGAUGAGAUCCAGUUUAAGGAGGAUGGAAACUGGUAUCCAAUGAGGUCAAAGAAGGUCACAGAGGUGUCUGAUGACUCGUGUCGGACAGUAGAAUCGGAGCACCACAGGAACGGCUCCUCCCACAGCAGUAGCAGUAAGGUGGUGGUGAUCGAUCUGACUCUGGACAGCUCUUCAGACGAUGACCCGGAUGAUGAACCUCCUCUCAAGAGACCCUGUCCCUCCUCCUCCUCCCUGUCCCCUGCCUCGCCGCCUAUCAGCAAGGGUGUUUUGAACCUCCGUAGCCAGGUGUCUCCGGUGGCCAGAGCUCCCAGCAUGCCUCCUGUUGAGACCAGCUACAUCCCCCCUCCUCCCCCCCUCAUACAGGAUUACAGCCACUACUACCACACCCCCAGCGACCUGGACCUCAACUUCUUCUCCUUCCUCCAGGGAGACAACCAUCAGCAUUACAACAUGGUGAUGGCUGCAGCAGCGGCGGCCUCGGCCUCCGAUGACCACGACUUGCUCCUGAACCGCUUCCUGCCCUAUAGCUCCUCCCAGAUGUUCCUGGACCAACCAGGGACCACUGGGGGCGGGAGCAGCGCCCUUGGAGCAGCCAAUGGGAACAGCAACAGCGGCAGCAGCUCCAGUCUGGUGUCAUCAAGUAGUUUGAGAGAAAGGGACCGAGACAGAGACAGGGACAGAGACCGAGACAGAGACAGGGACAGCCACUCUAGCAGGUCGAAUGCAGCUGCAGCGGUCAUGUAUGGCUCCAUCCCAGACGUGAUCUCAUUAGACUGAAGCGAGGGGGAUCUAUCCAUACAGAACUGGAAAAACAACUUGAGGGAGAAAAUAUAAAACAGAAGGGUUUUUUUUGUAAAUAGAAGAAAAACAAAGGGAACAGUGCUAUGUACUGAGAGGAAAAUAUAUAUUUUACAUGUUCUGGUUAGAAACCUUAAAACAGGAUGCUGCCAGAAUCCUGCUGACGAUGAUGAGAAACUUCAGUAGAUUUUUUUUUUUUCUGUGGAUACUGAAGAUUUUUUUAAAACUGCCUCUUUCUUCACGUGCUCCUCCUUUUGAUUAUAUUACCUUUUGUACUUUUAGUUUUUACCGUUUUAUUUCAAUAUUCCAUGUUCGACGGCAUUAUUUCUCUCAACAUGUUUUGACUGCGCUUCGACGCGAAAAGAGGAUCUGUCCGUUUGUUUUAUCACUGUAGAUUAUAUUUUCUUUCAAACAUUAAUUCAUACUGUGGUCAAUAAUAUUGUAUUUAAUUAUUUUCAAGGUAUUAUUUAUGAUCAAUGUGUGCUGUUUUAAAAGCAUUCCUUAUUCUCCCCCCGCUGCAUGUUAUUGUUGCCACUAGGAAUACACAGGCUAGCCUGGGUACCAGUCUGUUUGUGCCGUCAUUCCACUCCUCGUCAUCACCAAACAAUAAGUGUUGAGGAGUGGAAGGAUGGCACAAACUGACUGGUACCCAGGCUAUACACAGGCCGGUUAUAGAUCCACUACUGUGGUUGCUCUGGGUUCUACUCCUCUCAUCUCUUUUAUUUAGCGGAGGAAACCUCAUUUUCCUGCAGUGUCCAUCCUUUAGUUGUAAAAUAGUGAUGAAAUAGCUGCCAUAAACACCUAGAGAAAAGGUACAUUUUGUGGGGAAGGGAGGAAACACAGUGAUCCUGUCUAUUGGUAUGGUGCCUUUUUAUAUUAAAUGUAAGCACAUCUUUUCAUGCAGGGUGCAUCUUCGACUCAUUCUUUCUCACAAUUCACAAACGUAUUUUUGAAUGAAACAGAGACUUUAAAUGCUUAGCUUUGCAUGUGUAGCAGAUGGAGAUCUGUAAAAAACUCACUCCUCAGCCUGAAGUGUCUCCACUUGCGCUGCCGAUUUUAGCUAGCUUUUCUGUAGCACGACUGGGUAAGACGCUUCAGGAGGGAGUCACGUGUGUUUGCGAGGCAGAGGUCCUGGGUUCGAGCCCCGGUGUGAGCCGACUCAAGAGGAAAUGGGACUCUCUAAGCAAGCGGCUUGACGUCCUUUACACAUGCCUGCUAUCUCUGUCUCACUGUCUUUUUUCCUCUUGUGUUCUGUCACCUCAGUGGAUCUGUAACCACCCUGCUUAUGGUCUGAUGAGGUUGUCGCUGUUGCUCAGUGUGAAUGCUGAAUACCUGAUGGCAGCGUCGUAUGUCUGAUCCGUACUGUGCUGGCUCGGAUAUAUUUUCACAUUGUCCGUUUUCAGCAACUAUGGUGGAUGUGGAACCAGGCGAGCCCAGUAGAGCUUGGCUUCCCUUCCUGUGUCAGUUCUGGUGGUCCCCUCUUCCCUUCCUGUGUAAGUUCUGGUGGUCCCCUCUUCCCUUCCUGUGUAAGUUCUGGUGGUCCCCUCUUCCCUUCCUGUGUAAGUUCUGGUGGUCCCCUCUCCCCUUCCUGUGUAAGUUCUGGUGGUCCCCUCUUCCCUUCCUGUGUAAGUUCUGGUGGUCCCCUCUUCCCUUCCUGUGUAAGUUCUGGUGGUCCCCUUCCUGUGUAAGUUCUGGUGGUCCCCUUCCUGUGUAAGUUCUGGUGGUCCCCUCUUCCCUUCCUGUGUAAGUUCUGGUGGUCCCCUCUUCCCUUCCUGUGUGCAUGGUUAGUAUUUAUUAUUUCCUCUUAUUUCUGGUGGAGUCAUUGUAUAUGAGAUUUAUUUAGUAAUUCUAUGAUCCAUGCUAUUUAAAAGACAAUUGUUCCUUGAUAUGCAUCAUUGUAGCAAGUCUUCUGUUUUAGUUUUGUCUUCUGUCUGUUUUACUAUUCAAUGCUGACAUCACAAUAGAGGCUUUGACUCUC